CUAGUCUAUCGGUACAGUAAUACUUCUUCGAUUUCUGCUUCAGGCGUUGAUUCAAGUAUUUGCAGAUAGUGAACCUGUAUGAGGACUACGUUGUUUUAACAAAAGAAAAACUCUUUGAAAGAUGCUUCCAGGCGCAAAGUUUCUGUGGUUUUGGACGAUGAUUCCUUAUAGUUUCACUCUGGAAUUCAAACACCACAACGCGGAAGAACUGGAAUCGUUUUUACAUCGGAUCAACUCAAACUACCCGUCAAUUACACACUUGUAUAGCAUUGGCAAAUCUGUCGGAGAUGUUGACCUUUGGGUUCUGGCAAUUGGAAAACACCCAAAGAACCAUGUUGUAGGGAUUCCAGAAGUGAAAUACAUUGGUAACAUCCAUGGUGAUGAGGUGGUGGGCAGAGAAAUGUUGCUCCACUUAAUUGACCAUAUGGUUGAAAAGUAUGGAAAAGAUUCUAACAUAACUCAGAUAAUAAACAGUACUCGGAUUCACAUCCUGCCGUCCAUGAAUCCAGAUGGCUAUGCAGUAGCUAAAAAUGAAGAAUAUUGCAAUUCCACUCAAGGCAGAAAAAACAAAGCAGGUUUUGACCUGAACAGAAACUUCCCCACCGUUCCUGUAAAGAACACCCCAUCAACAUUGCAACCAGAAACGAAAGCCAUAAUGAACUGGAUUUCGAAUGAAACGUUUGUACUGUCCUUAAGUUUGCACGGAGGAGCUGUUGUAGUCAGCUACCCAUAUGACAGCUUUAUAGAAGGGAACAGCAUAUGCCCUGACAAUGAUGUCUUCGUUUAUCUUGCAAAGAACUUCUCUUAUAGCCAUGAAGGAAUGUACUUUGGAGAUGAAUGUACAUAUACGCAAUUUUUUAAGGAUGGAAUUACCAUUGGAGCUGAGUGGUAUUCUUUGGAAGGUGGAAUGCAAGACUUCAACUAUGUUCAGGCACAGUGUUUCGAACUAACUGUGGAGAUGUCAUGUUGUAUGAAUCCACCACCAGACACACUGAAGGACUUCUGGAAUGACAAUAAGAUUUCCCUGGUUAAUUUCUUCAAUCUUGUCCAUUUAGGUGUGAAAGGACAAGUCCUGGAUGUUCAUGAUCAACCAAUUAAAGAUGCAGUUAUCAAGGUGCGCGGCAGGGAAAACCUCAUUCCUUUUAAAACUAAUAAACUUGGAGAAUAUUAUAGGCUUCUGUUGCCUGGAACAUAUAUCCUGGAGGUCAACGCAAAGGAAUUUUGGCCAAAAACUGUUCAACUGGAAAUUCCCAACAACUUGUCAAAUUUCUCUGCUUUAGUCCAUGACAUUCGAUUGGAUAGUAAAUAUCAGGUUCCAGACAGCAGAGCUGAAGCGUCCAGUGACAGAACUAGUACAACAUACAUAAAUGUCAUUCUGUUAAUCUCUUCUAUAUUUUUGUCACUUAAAUUCACAUUCAAUUCUUCAGGCAGGGCUAUUUCAAUGUUGUAAUAUGAUUCACAACUAAAUUCAUUUACAAAAAUAACAAUCAGAAUCUCAUAUUCUGCUGAUUAUACAUCUUAACUGGACAAUCAAGAUGACUAAAAUAUUAAUGUUUUAAUUUUAAUGAAGCUUCAACCAAAUUUCACCUAAAUGAUAAAAUGUAUGCACUUACACAACAUUACCACAUAUUUAUCAUGGUGGUUUAAAUAAAAUAUAUGAUUACAUACUCACAGCCAUCUUUAAAGAGAGGACUCUCAGACAUCUUUCUCUAUCUAUCUAUUGGCAAAAUUAAAGUCAUACCAUAGAAAAAACAAAUAUAAAUAACUGAGGCCAAAGCUAUGUUUUACUUGCCUAAUUGUUUUCAAAAUAUUGUACAGGCAUUAAAGACAAAAGAUAAUGCAGAAACUGGAACAUAGAACAGAAACAGAACACUGAGAGAACCCAAUAGGUGAUCAGGGCCUGAUCUGAAACAUUGACUUAGUAUACCUGUUGCCUUCACAGAUGCUGCUUGAUUCAUUGUGCUCUUCUGUGUUUUUCCUCUCCACACCUUGAGGCACAUUGGGUGGCAACCUUGCUGUUUCUUUAACAUGUCCGUUUUUGACAAGGCCGAGUUGCUAGCUCAAUGCUCAACCCAGCACAGACAGAAAGUGUGUGACGAACCAACCGGAUUCAAAGCUGGGACAACUUGCCUCGAAGUCUGGUGCAGAUGCCACUACAUCACCGGCCGGCUAUUAAGCUCUUCUAGCACUCUGUUUUUGUACAGGAAUUCCUGUUUGUGAGCAUAUGACUUACAUGCAUCUGCUUUAAUGCUUUUGACUCCUUCAACUCUGCAUACUGACUUGCAGGGCUUUGUUCACUCUACAAAGGUGUGUCUAUCUCUGCUCAUUUGGUGAACCACUUUCUCCCAAUUAUUUCUUGAAUAUUGCUGCAACUAAUCUAAAAAAAGAUCACAGGAUACUGUAACUAUUGAUACUAAACUGAACAUAACUGGUAGGAAUGAAAGAGGAGAGCAUUCGCCCCAGUUAACAACACGGACAAAAUGAAAGUUAGUGUCCAAAGACUUAUCCUUGGAAGUACUUAGUAUAUUACAAGGCAGAAUGGAAUAGGUUUAUUAAUUAAAAGACCCUACUCUGUUGCAUGCACCCCCAAGUUUGGUGAUGAUCCAGGUUCCAUUUAAUAUCAGAGAAUGUAUACAGUAUUGGUUAGCACAGCACUUUACAGUACCAAGUGACCUGGGUUCGUUUCUUGCUGCUGCAUGUAAGGAGCUAGUAUGUUCUCCCUGUGACUGCAUGGGUUUCCUCCCACAGUCCAGGUUGGUGGGUGGAUUGGCCAUUGUAAGUUGCCUUGUGAUGAGGCUAGGAUUAAAUUGGGGGAUUGUUGGGUGGCACGGCUCAAAGAGCUUACUCUGCACUGUGUCUCAAUAAAUUUUUUUAAAAUGAAACUGUUAUUGGCAAGGUUUAAUUGGAAAGAAUGUUAAGGGGUGAUGAAUCUUUUGAAAGUACCAAUAUGUUGUUACAAGAAAUGUGCAAUCCUGUAUUACAUUUAUUUUGUUGGUGGAGGCAGCAAAAUUUUCCAAAAACCUGAAAUAAAUCAAUGGUUCCAUUUAAUAUCAGAGAAUGUAUACAGUAUACAACCUGAAAUUCUUAUUCUUUGCAGACAUCCACAAAGCAGAGAAAAAAAACAAUAAUGAAUGACAGAAAAACAUUAGAACGCCAAAGCAUC